UUCUUACUCUACAAAUGACUAAGGACUCUAGCCUUUUAACUUUAGUUCUGCUAAUUUUAUUUUACUUUGAAAGUAAGCUGCCCACUGGCAGUUGGGAGAGAUGUGGGUCUGGAAUAAGGUGUUUCACUUCACCUUUUGCAGUAGUGGUCUGCAUUGGCAUUGGUCAACUCCAGGGCAGUUGCCUAGGUGUUUUUCUUUCCUGUUGCCAGCUUUUACCAAACUUUCCUUGAUGGCACUAUUGCUUCCUAUCUGCUGCGUGGCCCUUCUUAACUGUUCUCCCCAUUCCACUGCCCUGUUCAUGCUCCGAAGACUGAGCUGUACUAACUAUAAGCUCCCUUGCUCUUUGGCUCCUGGUUGGCUUUGGCUGAAAUGGCCGAGGUCAGAGGACAAGAAAAUGAUGGCUGGACCUAUCCCCAGGGUUAACAGCAGGCAGCAGCCCCCACUUGCAGGCCCAUCCCAUGGUAAAGGCCGCCCCACAGCCUUCUCCAGGGACUUCCAGCCCCUGCCUCCUCCAACACCUUCAGGCUUGGGGGUACUACAGAGCCCUGGAAAGCCCCAUACCCCACCAACACAUUUUAAGACAUCUCUUCGUUUAAUUCUCAUUAAUCGUGGCAUACUCAAAUGCCAUCUGAAUAUUGUGGGGACUUUGACUGAUGCAUGUAGAUCACAGAAAUCUAAAGAUUUUCUUUUGCAAGGAAAACAUUUGACUUACUCUUUAGACAUGGGUCUCAGAACCUCACUGCUGCCACUGGUCCUACCUCAGUAUAUUUAUAAUGUGGUGACCCUGAGUUGUUCUGGGUUAUGAUAGAUAAAAUUAGCAUUGUUCUGUUCUUUCCAGACAUCCUCUUUCCUAGCUUGCGCUAGACAGUUAUACAGAGAUACAGAUGCAGUUAUACAAAGAUCGGCUCCAUGGUCUUGGAGCUGAAUGCUUCAGAUGACCGAGGAAUAGAUAUUGUUCGGGGGCCAAUCCUGAGCUUUGCCAGCACAAGGACAAUAUUUAAGAAAGGGUUUAAGCUAGUGAUCUUGGAUGAAGCUGAUGCCAUGACGCAGGAUGCCCAGAAUGCCUUGAGAAGAGUGAUUGAGAAAUUCACUGAAAAUACCAGAUUUUGCCUCAUCUGUAACUAUCUAUCCAAGAUCAUCCCCGCCUUGCAGUCUCGGUGUACGAGGUUCCGGUUUGGUCCCCUGACACCUGAACUCAUGGUUCCCCGCCUGGAACAUGUCAUAGAAGAAGAGAAAGUCGAUAUAAGUGAAGAUGGGAUGAAAGCACUUGUGACUCUCUCCAGCGGAGAUAUGCGAAGGGCUCUGAAUAUUUUGCAGAGCACCAAUAUGGCCUUCGGGAAGGUGACAGAGGAGACUGUCUACACCUGCACAGGGCACCCGCUCAAGUCAGAUAUCGCCAAUAUUCUGGACUGGAUGUUGAAUCAGGACUUCACCACAGCCUACAGAAAUAUCAUGGAUUUGAAAACUCUGAAGGGUUUGGCGUUGCAUGACAUCCUGACCGAGAUUCACUUAUUUGUUCACAGAGUGGACUUUCCAUCAUCAGUUCGAAUACAUUUACUGACCAAAAUGGCAGACAUUGAGUACAGGCUUUCUGUUGGCACCAGUGAGAAGAUUCAGCUGAGCUCCCUCAUUGCUGCUUUUCAGGUUACCCGAGACCUGAUUGUGGCAGAGGCCUAGGUGCUCCAAGCCGAUCUCCACCUCUCAGGGCCCAUCCCUGACUGGAGAACAGAGGACUCAGUUAUAGGUGUGGCUGUAGAAUGAAGCCAGUCAGCCCAGGUCUUGGAAAACUCUGGUCCAGGAUGGACGGGCAGAUAUUUACAAAGUACUGUCUUGGUUGUUUGAAACACCAACAUAGAAAACAAUUUUAACAUAUACCUAUCUUAUCACACUGCUUUUUUAGUAUUUUUACCCUUUAGUUGCUUGGAUAACAGGAAAUUGGCCUACCCUUUGGUCUGUAACAUGAGGUUUUCUAAUCUACUGUGGUCCAAAUGUCUUUCAACUCAAGGUAAUCACCUCCAAAGUUUAUCAACCUAAUAUUUGGCAUUAUAAACUUUAUAAAAAAGUUCUAGUGAAUUUCUGGCCCAAACUGUUCUAUUCUUAUAAAACAGUGAACACUUAAUCUUUUUGUUUCCCCUCUUACAGUAGAAUUUGUAGCAGGUUUCAGUGGUGUGGACAAUAGGAAAAAACUUGAAAUUUUAAACACAGAGCUAGCCUCUGAAUCGUGCCAUCCCAGGCCAUUGCUUACACUAGCUUUAUACUGGGAGGGCCUGUCAGAUGAAGCCCAACCCGAAACCUGGACCUGCUCAAAGGACUGAUCCCAAAGAUAUAGUAGUCUCUUUUACAAUUUUGCUUUAAAGUAAGGCUAAAGCAGCUAGCUUGGUGCUCACAAGUGAUGCUGCUUCUUAGCCAGUGUUAGAAAUGCUGACUUAUCUUUAAUUGUACUGAAUAAACUUUYUUUUAGGCUGUUCCUUAACAAUGGUGUCAAAUUCUUAGGCCUCCGUUUAACAGUGGCUCAAUUUCAGUUUUUUAGCUUUACAGUGGUACAAGUGCAAUGUGUUUAGUAGAAACCAGAUUUCUAAUUUUGACGUUGGGCUGGACUAGCAACAUGCCCUGCACUACUCCAGUGAUGCUGGGCAGCAGCAGGGCUGCAGCUCCCACCAGCCGCAAUAUCAUGAGGGGAAACCACUGCCGCCCUCCCAUGUGCUGCRGAGCUGUUCAGCCUAUCGGUUGUGUGAAAAGCACCUCUGAUGUGGGUAUUUCCAAAUGAAAAUGGGUUUAUGGAGAUUCGGCCCCUUGGUAAGCUGAGGAGCAUCUGACAUCAAAAGGGAGAAGUAGGUUGGUUAUCCCUCCAUCUAGACACCUCACUAGCAGUUUGAAGCUAUUAGCCAAGUGGGCCUCAAGGAAACAAAACCCCCAGGGCUUCCCAGGGCCCUCUCUAUGAUACUUCAAGAUGGUCAUGAAACUAAAAAGUUACCAGCCCAUUCCUGCCCCUCCCACUGUACUGCUUGUUCUAAAAGGUGAUUGUUAAAUUUUAUUGUUUCUCAGUCCCGGGGACUGAACCCAGAUAUAGUCUAACACUGAGCUCUAUCAUCAGCCCUUUUUAAGAAUUUUGAGAUGGUCUAAGUUGCCACAAGCCUGGCCUCAAACUUUCCAUCCUCCUGUGUC